AUGUUACAGCCCUCAACUAUUAAACGAAGAUUAAACACUCAAUUGAACGAAUUCAAAAGAGCAAGGCAAAUUUGGUCAGAACUUAAUGACAAUGGUAUUACGACGGCCAAUUCCCUUAUGAAUAUAAAAUUACAAGAACGGCAAAUUGAUUAUUCAUUAUAUUGGAAAGAAGAAUUGGAUAAUUUACCUAAUUUAGAAGAAAAAAAUCAUGAAACUGAAAAUGAAACGUAUAAAAAUUUGUUAUGCUCUUUACAUCAAAUAUUUGAAAAAAUGAGUUUACAAUAUACAAAAAUGAAAAUGCAAACAUUACAAAUGGAAUCAUUACUUGAAGAAACUUGUGAAAGUAUGGGAGAAGAAUUUACAUAUAAUACGUCAUUAUAUUUAACAUGUCCAUUAGAAACAUUUG